CACUUACCCUCUCCCGAAACCCUACCCUCGCUUACAUCCUCCAUAGUUAUUAAAUAUGUCGCAUAUCUCCCUACUCCUCCCGGUUUCGCUCGAAACCAUGGCCUUCGUGAACGAACUUUCACCAUACAGUACUCAUUAGAGCGCAACGACGGGAUCGCGGCUUACAUAGACCACCGAAACUCCCAUCUUUCUCAUCCUUUAGCUCGGCUCCUACCAGAAACCAUUGAGGAAGGAUUUAGCCUUAAUCCUGCGUAAAUCCUGCUUAAAACCGGCUACCAAACAGCCCGUCAAUCUCUUGGUGCUGGCUACCAUAUUAGAUUUCUUUCGAAGGAUACUACAUUCUUUCAGUAACAUAUGGCAAAUAAUGAUUCAGAUAACAGGUACAAAUCUGGGCCAGAUUUUGAUGAGGACAAUAGAGUCCCAAUCCUUCCAAUUUCCUUAUCUCAUUCCACAGAACUUUGGCUUAUUCAAUGGCCAAUUAAUCAGUUACAGCCUUCUGAUUUCCAUGGGAAGGAGCUUUCUCUAAAACUUCACAGGGAUGGAAAGCUUGCAAGCUUUGAUAAUUCAUCUGGGAAAUCUUAUGAAGUGGUUAGUUUUGGCGCUCAGGAACCUGAUGCAACUGUUUUCCUUCCCUCUAGUUCAGAUUCAAAAGUUGUUGGGAAGAUUUCUCGGCGUGUUUGUUUAGUUCGCUAUCCGGAACCCGGUGAAUUUGAUAAGGGCAGUUUUAGCAAUCCCAACUUGAGACUUGAAGGUUCGAAGAUGAAAGCAUUGUCCCAUCUCCCGACCAUACACAGGCAUGGAAGCCAUGGAAGCCAACCUGUAACUGAUAGAUCUUCCCGCGAGACAUUAACCUCUUGCCACAGUAUUGGACAGGGAAUAUUGGAAACUCCCCAGCAACACUCUCGGAAAAAGAAACACGAGGACCGCACACCUGCAUCGACGUCUAUGAGAUCUAUUGGACGGGCUGAACCUGAAAGCCAGAUGAACAGUACUGCCACUGGUUCUGCUCAGUCACAUGGAGAGAAGAAAUCAAAGAAGAGGAAGAUCAAGGCCGAAGAGUAGCUUAAUUCUAUUUAACUGUCUUACCCAAUUUAGACAAUUCUUCUAUAGAGUGAUAAUUGAAUAUAGGUUUUAGGUUUGGUUGGAGCGAACGCUGAUCUCUGCAAAAAUUAUCAUCUGGGAAAACCACGGCUGAAGCUCUUUCACAAGAACGGCAAAUUUUUGUCAUUUCAGGUCAUAGCUCGUCUUUCCUGUUUCACGAACACAACUGUUAAAAUAAAUUCGGUGAACGUCCAUGCUUUGUAUCAAAGGAAGUCAUGAUGUCUUGUCCUUUGAUCGACUUGUUAAGUAUUUCUCUAGUGAAAGAUGGUCAUCAUUAAAUGAAAUAGCUUUAUUCUCUUGAUAA